AUGGCCUCUGAAGUAGGUUUAAAAGAUAGUAGGAAAAAGUGUUACGAAGCGAGAGAUAUAUUUUUGGAGUGUUUUGAAUAUAAAAAUUUUGAAAAAAACUGUCCUGUUUCUUGGGUUGAUCAUUUUAUAAGAAAAUAUAAGUUUGAAAAAUACAAAGAAGAAUUGGUAAAAGAGGGAUUUGAGAUAGCUGAUGAAAAAAAUAAAAAAAACAAAAUACUUAACAAAAAUGUGAUUAAUAUGCCAAUCUUUAAGUAUUAUUAUCAUACUUCUAUAAUAAAAAAUAAUUUACUUUUACAAAGCCUUCAAAGAAAUAAUAUUGAUUUCUGGAAGAAUGACAGCAAAAAACAAUUUACUCAAUUUGUUUUUAAUAGAAACUAUAGUAAUCAAAAUCAUUUUGAAAAACAUGAUAUAAAAGAAAAAACAAAAAAAAUGGUGGAUUUUGAGGAUAGCUAUAUCAUUAAACUUCAUAGCUUUUGUUCUCGAGUCGAAAAUGAAAUUAAUAAAAGUUCAUUACUUUUUUGCCAUGAUCCAUAUGAAGAUUUUGAAAAUUUUACUAAUUUUUAUAAAAUAACAAAAGAUCAUGUUGAUGGAACUUUUAAUACUGAUAAUUAUAUCGAGAAUGUUUUAAGCAAAAACGGUCAAUUCGUUUCUCCUUCCUUAGAUUUUUUCAUGGAAAUAAAUUGUCCAAAAGACAUUGAAAAUAUUUUAGACAGUUUGUUUUCUUGUCCUUCAAUUCAUUGGAAUGGAGGCAUGUUAUAUAAUUUUUUAAAAGGUAUAAGUUAUAUGAAAUACAACUUUCAAAUGUCAAAAGAAAAAUUUGAAAAAUUUUAUGAUUUUUUGGAAAAAAAAGUUCAGUUAGCACCUAUAAAAGAAACUAAACAGGAUCUACAAGCUUUAUACCAAGGAUUAUUAUGUGAUAUGGGAGAUGAGAUAAAGGAAAAAUUUAAAUUAAAUGUUUGGAAUGACCGUCAUUUAUUAGAAUAUAUUUUUCGUAAUCCAAAUAAAAAAGAUGGACCUGGAUUUCUUUUAAAAUCUCUUUUAUAUUUGAAUAGACCUCUUUCUAGAUAUGAAUUUUUUGUACCAAAACAUCUAAAAUCGCUACUAAAGGAUACAUGUAAUAUAACUAAAGAAAAAGUUAGUAACGAAGGUUUUACACAAUGUGGUGAAAAACUACUUCCUUACCCUUCACUUAGUGACGAAGAUGUUUAUCAUUUACUAAAAAUUUUUAAUAAUUUUCUAAAAAAAAUUGAAUCAAGUUUUAGAAAUGGAUAUACUAAAACAACACUAAUUAAUUAUUUUGAAAAACUUUUAGAAUACAAAAAGAACUAUUUUACAAAUGAUAGGUCUAAACGUUACGCUGCUGUAAUUGAUGGAUUAAAUUUUGUUCAUAAUGAAGAUAAUUCAACUUUGCUUUUUGAAAUUUGUAGUUCACUAAAAAAACAUUUUUCUAAUGUUGUUUUUAUUACCCGUCAUUUAGGAAAUCAAAAUGUUUAUUUAACUUUGAAAAAAUUAGGUGUCAUAUAUUUAAAUCUGCCCAAAGAUUCUAAUGAUGAUCUAUUUAUAAUCACUACAGGAUUAUUAUUGGGUAAAGAUGCAUAUAUUAUAAGUAACGAUUUAUAUAGAGAUAGUGAACGAGGAAUAAUGCCUACAUAUGAAGACAAAGUAUUAUUUAGAAGAUGGUUAGAUACCCGAAAUAUUAGAUGGUCACUUCGCUCUGGUUCUUUAAAACUACCACCAAAAUAUUUAAGAAUACCUCAAGGAAAUUUUAAAAAUUUGGAAUCUUAUAAAAUACAUAUUCCAGUCUAUUUUGAAAGAAGAACAAAUCACCUUUUUCCGCAUGAAGACUGGUACUGUUUGACAAACAAAUAA